CCGAAGGAAGGCGGAGGCGGAAGGGGACCAUUUUAAAUCAUUUUUUCCCCUGUAGCAAUAGCGAAAUCGCCCUUUCCCCUUAAUUUUCGGCCACGGGGAGGUGUGGCAAAGCUGCCUUAGGCCACAAAAGGUGAAGCCACCACGUGGGAUGCAUUAUGGUGUUGCCAGUCUGACGGCGGCACAUUUUGUGGUGUUAGACUGGAGGAGGGGAAAAGGAGAGGGCCGCUGGAAACCGAAGAGGGAUAAGAGCCCGAGGAAACAACAGCAAAAGAGGAAGAAAAGCACCGGAGAAGCUCCCCCCCCCCCUACCGCGCACCCAUCUCCUGCAAGCACCUCCCCAAAACAGCCACUUCCAUGGUCUACAGAUGCUAAAGAUGGAUUUUCUUUGUCAAGCAAACUGGGAAGUGAUCUGGAUUUGGCCAUGCAUUGAUAUUUCCUGUUAAAUGCUCACUCCUUCCAGUCUGUGUCAUGGACUCCAUGUUUGAGGAUGACAUCAGCAUCCUUACCCAAGAUGCCUUGGCGCAGGAUGAUGAAUGGUUGGACAGUCCGAACACCGACCUCUCCAGUGAGAUGUGUUCUGCUUCUCACUUUGCUUUCAUCACAGCAUAUGAUGACAUCAAAAAUCGCUUGACAGGGCUAGAGCGGGAAAAUACUAACCUCAAACGGAAGCUAAAGAUGUAUGAGAUCAAGUUCCCAUUGAUCAGUGACUUUGGAGAAGAACGUAUGUUCCCAGUUUAUGAAUCCAAGGAAACUUCUCUUCUGAAGAGUGAGAAAGCCAACCUCCAGCAGCAGUUGAAUCAAUUCCAGCGUGAGCUGCAAAAAAGCAAGGAAAGGGAAGAACAGAUGGAGGAGAUGAUCCAGGCCUAUGAGAAGCUGUGUGUGGAGAAAACGGACCUUGAGUCAGAGCUGGGCCAAAUGAGAGCACUUGUUGAUACACAUUUGAACCGCAUUCGGAACCUGGAACAGCAGUUAAGGCAGAGAGAUGGCAGCACUUUCCAAAAUCUCAACUCUCAACUUCAAAAUCAAGAAAUUCAGUUCCGAUCACUUCAUGGCACUCAUGUACUGGAUCGCUCAAUGAACUGGCCGAGUUCACGGAGCCUGGAACAGGCAGAAGCCUUGGAGGUCCAAAGAUUGGAAAUGGAGCUUGAGAAGUCAAGGCAGGAAGUCCAGAACUGUCAGCACCGUGAAGAACAGAGGAAGGGUGAAUGUGAAAGGCUGCAGGCAGAGGUGAAGCAGCUGCAGGAGACCAGGGCACAGGAUCUUGCAGCUAGUCAGUCGCAAAGGGAUAUGGCAUGGGUGAAGAAGGUUGGAGAUGACCAAGUAAACUUAGCCCUGGCCUACACAGAACUAACUGAAGAGCUAUGCCGCCUAAGAAACCUAACUUCUCUUCAAAGUCAGAUUCUCCGGACUCUUAUGCAGGAGCAGGUCAUGAAUGGUCAGCGGCAUUCUCCCCAUUCCCAGCGCCAUUCGCCUGCCCAGCAACGUGGUUCUCCAGGUCCCCAAUGCACAUCUCCAGCUCAACAAGGGAGGCCUUCUGCUCCUCAAAGCCAAUCUCCAGCCCUACAGAGGCAUUCCCCAGGCCCACCUGGUCAAUCCCCUGCACAUCAACGUCGUUCCCCAGCCCCCCCUCCUUGCCAGUCUCCUGUUAGCCAGCGGCGUUCUCCAGCUCCACCACCUAGCCAGUCUUCUGCCCAGCAGCGCUGCUCACCAGUCCAAAAUUGUUCGUCGCCUGCCAUGACUUCACAACAUAGAUCUCCAGGGACUGACAGAAACAUUAUGGAUCUGGGAUAUUCUAAGCCCUCCAGUCAUCACAUCAAAGCAAGCUUCCAAGGUCGUCGAAGCUACUCGGAGGUGAGCGACGCUGCUCUGUAUCAACAGAACCGUUCUCUCUGGCUGCAGCCAGAAAUAUCCACCUUACCAAAGCAUCGUCCCUACUGCGAGGUUUAUGCCAGAGACAACUUCGAAGAGCACUUGCGCUUUGAGAAGCAGUCCUCGGAUGAAGACGACUGGGCCCUCCCAAGCCCCCCCAGUCCUGAAGUAGGGGGUAUCCGCUGCGCCUCCUUCUGUGCAGGGUUCCCCAUUCCCGACACCUCCAUGCACCGGAUUGAUGCAUCGUACUCCAGGGCUGAGCAUGCUCAGUCCUGGCCCUCAAUCAAUUUGCUGAUGGAAACAGUAGACUCUGACAUCCGAAGCUGUCCUCUCUGCCAGGUGGCCUUUCCUAUCGGUUAUCCAGAUGAUGCUUUGAUAAAACACAUUGAUUCACACCUGGAGAACAGUAAGAUCUGAGGUCUGUUUCACCGUCCUUCUUCUUCUGGCUUCCUUAAAGAGAUUGCCCACCUCAUACCCACCCCACCUUUCUUGGAUGCUGCAUGAAAAGUGGAGGCACCACAAGGGGCUCUUUCUCUCUAAAAUACCUCCAAGUUUCCAUUGGACUGAAGCGUGAACAUUUUUGCCUCUCCCUUGUCUUCUUUGCCUUGGUUUUUAAAGUGGGUUGCCUCUCCUUACUGCUCUUUAUGGGCAGGAUCUGCAAUAUUUCUCCAGUGCUUCAACCAGCUACAAAGGUGGGGAAAAGGAAUGAGAAAUAUGCUGGAAUUAAGCUUAGCAGGGGCCAGUCACCUUCACUAUCUGAUUGCUCAGUACUGAGGUUAUUCUGGUGAUGGUUUGACUCUAUCUACAUGGUUUAGUUUUGAUGUCUCUGAAAGAUCUCAGGGUAGGAUGGGUAAAAAAUAACCCAAGUUUGCGUGUUUUGGGGUGGGGUAGGAGAACAGAUUAAUGAACUCCAACCCACUGAAGGCACAACAAAUCACAAAGUUUUUGUUUGUGCCUAUUUUACACAGGGAUAUCCAAGUGGGUCUGAUUUCUCUGCCUCUUAUGCUACUACAAAAGGGUAUUUGGGGGUUGGUCGUUUAACAGAUGUAAAAAGCCUUGGCCUCCAAUUGCUGGUUCAAGUGUCUUUGUGUUGGUCUUUUACAUUAAAAGUCCACUUUUAGAAAUGCUGCUGAGAAAUAGAGCCAACUUCCAAAAGUGUAGCAUGGACGUUCUUAUGUUAUUGCACUGAAUAAUAAGCUUUUUUUCCACAAAAGAAGCUCCUCUUUUUGUCUUGUGUUGGCUUCUUGUGAGUCGUUCUGGAGGGCUUGUAAACUGCACACUUAGGUAGAAGCCCAGAAAGCAUUCCCAUAUUUUGGUGACUGUUUUACACAUUUUUCACCACUUCACACCUUGCUUUAGAUAGCUCUUAUAUAAUAACUGUAGCUGCACAUUUUGCCUCAUUAUUCUCUUGCAAUGGCAGCAUGUUAACAUUAUUGGGGUAACAGUGUAAAUGUAAACAUCUUCCCAUAUUUGACACCACUAUAUUUCUCCCUCUCUCUCUCUCUCUCCCUCUCUCUCUCUCUCCCCCUCCCUCCCUUUCUCUCUCUCUCCUUACAAACCUAUAUUUUAUUAUACUGCUCUAAGAUAAGGGUCAUGUACUGAUUGAUCUCUUGUUUCCAGAUGUAUGGUACCUCUCUAUUAUGAGGAUAGUGUCCUUGGA